AAGUAGUACACAAAAGUAGGAGGCGGAGCUUCCCAGGUUGGAUUACUGUCUGUUUCCCACUCUCCAAGGCUACUAUUUCCUGGAUUUGAAAAUAGCGUAGUGUGACAACUAAGCCCAUUGAAUGACUUGUCUGUCUAAAAGAGGCUCUCCUAAUCUCGACUGGGAACAGAGCAGUUGGGUAAUCAGCGAUUCUUUCUCGCUUCUUCACAGCAGUGAAAUGUGGCUCGUGGUCGUCUCCGUCCCGCUGCUCCCGGCGCUCCUCAUGGUGUCCAGUCGUUUCCGUGUCAAAGUUUCCACGCUGUGCCAUCAAGCUGCGGCGUGGGCGCUGAGGCUGCUGCGAGGAAAAGUGUGCGUAAGGAGCGCUCAUGCUUUUGUGUUCUCCAACUGUACCCACGGGAAGGCCGACAGCGUCAUGGCGACCUUUGAACUUUACGCUGACACAAACCCGUCCCUCUGCAUCAGCCCCUCGACUGGUGAAGCAGUGGCUGAGGUGGUGAGGCGUGUCAGCCCCUACCAGGUGCUGGAGUUGGGGAUGCACUGUGGCUACUCCUCUGUCCUCCUGCUGCGUCUGCUGCCCCCUGCUGGCAGGCUGAUCACAGUGGAGCUGGACCCCCUCACAGCAGAGCUCGGGGAGGAGAUCAUACUUGUAGCUGGCUUCAAGCACACCCAGUUCCAGGUGUUGACUUCUAGCUCAGCUGACGCCAUCCCAACGUUGCGCCCCUUUCUCGAGCUCGGUGAAAGGACCAGUGAGGGGCUCGAUCUGGUUCUGAUGGACCAUGACCCCCAGCAGUACCUCUCAGACCUGCUGGCUCUGGAGAGAGAGGCGCUCCUCCGACCCUCCGGCUGCUCCGUGCUCCUGAUCCACAGGAACCAGAGAGCUGAAGACGUCAGAGGAAUCCUGGAUCAGAUCAGAACGAGGGCCGACCACUACUGCAUCAAGUCCGAGCUUCAGUGCAUGACUGAACUCUUCUAUCGAAGGGAAACACAAGGACAGACAGGUGAUAGACGUGGAGCGGGCUUUCAGUUUGUGAGUGUGUGUGUGUGUGUGUGUGUGUGUGUGUGCAUUAGAACAAAAGAGUGUUAAUAUUACUUGUGUGUUAAAGAUUUUGUGGAUAAAAAUAAGUGCUAAAUAAAAUAUUUUCUACAGCUCACACUGUUUUCCAUUAAAAAAACCUCACUUGGUCGACUUCUUGGACCAACAUAAUUCAAACUUUUUAUCUUUGACUAAGCCAAAUGUUUGCUGUACAUAUUAUCAUAUUAUGAAAGAAGGGGUACGUUAAAAUAUCGGUAUAUAAAACAGGAUUUAUGGCAUAAAUUACCCUAAAUUAUUUUAGAUAUGAUACCACCUAUUAAAACAAAAAUCGGAAAAAUAAACUUUUCAUAUUUGCAUUUCUGAGGAAGCCUGGACUAAAUACUGUGGAUUUCAGCAGAACAUGACAAGCUCGACCUCAUAAAUGUAUUUAUUAUAAGGCUGUACGGGACAGAGUUGGAGUUUGGAUGUUCUCCCUGUGCAUGUGUGGGUUCUCUCCGGGCUCUCCGGCUUCCUCCCACAGUCCAAACACAUGCUCAUUAGGUUAAUUUGUCACUUUAAAUUACCUUUAGGUGUGAAUGUGAGUGUGUCUGUAUGUCAGACCUGUGAUUGGCUGGUGAACAGUCCAGGGUGUAACACCCCUCUCGCCCAGUGACAGCUAGGAUCAGCUCCAGCACCCUCACGACCCUGAAAAGGAAAAGCGGUCUAGAUAAUGAAUGGAUAAUAAUAAAAAUAAUAAUAUUUAAGAAGUCUUAUUAGAUUUGCUCUUAACAAUUUAUUUCUGAAAUUAAAACAUCAUCUGACAUAUAUAAUAAUAUUAAUAGUAGACGGCACAUAUGGCCAAAAUUUACAAACAAAAACUAUCAAACAGAAUGACAAUAAAAAUACUCCCUACCUUUGUUACACAAAGAAAAAAAAUAGCUGCAGUGCUCGGAGUCACCACUAGAUGCUGCUCUCUUCAUGUUAAAGUAAUGGGAACUCGUGCUUUGUGCUGGUGUUUAAAACGGGACCUUUAAUGGGAAAUGCCACUUCCUUCUGUCCAAACAAGCUCAUUGAAGUCAGUAUUUUUUUAAACAUUGAGUGUGUGAUGUAUGUGUCUGGAUUUAUUCAGGAUGAGGUGUGACAGCAGCCCGGUCUUGUCCCGCCCUUCCUCUUGAGCAUGCUGUGAUAUUUACUCUCAGGCCUCAGAGUCAAUGUUUACAUUUAAAAAAACACAAAGCUUUGAAGAGGAAUACACUUUCAGUCCCUCCUGCAGACUCUUUAAAAACACAUCAGUAUUCCACCCCUAACUGGACGUAAUGAAUGUCUUAGAUUCCCAGCAAGCACUGCAUCUGAAAUGAGGAAGAUCGGUGUCGUCUGGCGGGUGAAACUGGGAUGGAGUUUUUCUGAAUUUGCCUCUAAUGGCACUGCUGAGGCUUUCAGAGCAGCUGGAGAGCCAUUACAUGGUUUAGAGACAAUUUAGUGCAACAUUUAAAUAAAUAAUAUCUGUGCAAAAACACGAUUUAAUGAAAUGCAAUAUUUCCAGGAGCCCGGGGGUGGGGGGAAGGGGGUCGAGACUGGAGUUCCCAAAUGUUACACAACAGGGCGAUAAAUGUUGUAAUAAGGAAUUUAAUUCAAAGUUAGAGAGCUCACUGCAGAGAAGGAGAACAGGGGAAGUGGUGUAAAAAAAUCUAUGAAUUAGACAUGGAGGUUAGGUAACACUAUGGUCACAGAUGAAGACUUUGUGAAUCCAUCUGGUUUAACAGUUCACUCUCCACGGAGGAGAAAAAAACAGCAACAGAGCUGCAAAAAAUCAGAGCAACUGCAUGAAUACUUCAUAAUCCUCGAUCAUUAGUUGCCCAGCAGGAGAAGUGGUGAUUGCAUUUUCUGAAUUUAUUGAGCAAAGGUUACAGUACGGGCAUUCAAUAUGUGUGAUUUCUCAAUGAUUUUAUAAACUACUUAUUCGUCAGUAACUUUUCUGCACUCUUGUAAAGCACUUUGAACUGCAAUUUAAUUUAUCUGAAAGGUGCUA